GUCUUCUGUAAUGAAAACUAGAUGCUUGUUUACCUAUCAAAAGAAGGAAAGAUGAUUCAUCCCUGUUAUGGUUUAAUGAUAUCUAAAGAUAAACUUUGUUCUACAACACAUCAAAUAUCUAAAAGCCGGUUAUUCAAUAAUGAGAUCUUUCUUUCCAAAUCCAUUGCUUUAUCCCGGUUUAUAUAUCUACUUGUCGCCGGUUAUGUCCGAAAUAAUGAUUAGAGAAGAAUGCUGGUUAAUCUGAUAGUUGAUUUCUUGUGUUUAGACCGCUUAUGGUCGAUUUUCACCAGUUAAUAAGGGUCAGAGGGAAUUAGACCUUUUUAUUCGGCAGAAGGAUGGGAAAAAGAUUGGGGAUCCAGAUAAACAAGAUGCUCUCUGUUCUCGCUUGAAGGUGGAAAUGCUUCAUCCUCUGCGUGUAAUUAUUACAAAUCGUGGGUCAGAUACUGAACUUUUGGUUGCAAAUCCUGUGGAGCUAUCUGGAAAGGGUAGACCACGUGUUUUCUAUGACGUUACACUGGCAUUGAAGACUCUAGGGAUCUACAUCUUCUCGGCAGAAAUCGGAAGGCUAUGUACAAGUGAUUGUGAGUGGGAGUUUUACAGAUUCCUUUUAGAUGAAGAUUGUAGAUUUGACAUGUCAUCUAUGGUUGGUAGAAAUCAGAUAGUAGACUAAGUCAGAAGAACAUUGAUGGGUUGGUGAGCUCAAUCAUUGACUCUCUUCUGGUCUCCCUCUGAAAGAAGUUUCUAGAAGUGGUGAGCUUGAUCUUUCUGGUGUCACUUACCUUUUUAGGUAUUUUGUAUGUAAAAUCAUGCGGCCAAGCAUCGAUGAUCCUGUUGUACAGUGCAGUUGUUAACUCUUGCCGUGUUCAGUUGAGCUUGUCUGUAUAGUAAUAGUUACUGAAUCUCCCUAAAGAAAUUCACUGUCUUCCAUUUUCUUUUAUCUACCUCAUUUUGUGUCAACAUUUGCGAAAUACAGUUGUGGCUUGUUUCUUGGAAGCUCUGUUACCAACUUCCACAGCAUGAGUUGCUAUCUUGUGUCUGUGAAGUGUUGGUGCAUCUAUCAUGGCUUUUCUCUUUCUAUCUGUGAUCGCAGACUCCCCCUUUCACUUCUUCUUUGCCCUCUUUUCUUUUGGUAGGUGUCUUCGCUAUUCUGGUCCUUUGGUGCAAAACUAAUAUUAGCCUGUUAACCUCCGCAACAUUAAAUUUCCUGUAAGAAUAGCAUAGUUCUCUCUUGUAGUGGAUGAAAAGUGGGACUCUUUAGCUUGU